ACCAACGAACUAACCCUACCUGCUUUGCGCGCCUCGAUCUCCGUGCCUCCGGCGAUGCUCUGCAGCGUCGAGAUCCUCUGCUCCGUCGUCGCCGUCCUCGCCAGCCUCGCGCACGUGCUCGGCGGGGCGCUCCUCAUGUCCCUCUGCUCGCCUUCCUCCAGGCUCUCGCCCACGGCGUGGGGCAGCGCCAAGAAGGUGCACCACCCCGUCGCCGUCGUCUCCGUCAGCGCGAUCAUCGAGGGUGAGAAGCUGCAGCAGCAGCAGCAGCAGCAAGGGGGGAACAAGGACGGCCAGGGACAGCAGCUGGUGCUGCAGGCGGCGCCGCCGCCGGUGCUGGUGCUCCCGGCGUUGAAGAAGAAGGGGGAGAAGGGCACUUCUGAGCAGGAACAGAGGGCGGCGAGGUGCAGGCCGCCGAGGCUGGUGAUACCGCCUUCGCCGGUGGCGGCGGCGCGCGCCGGCGUCGACCCGUUCGGCGAGGCGGCCGGCGGGCGGGAGACGGACGUGGCGACGGAGGCGGAGGUGAAGGGCGAGGGCUUCUGCAUGGCGAGCAGGAGAGGUGUCAGGCAUGCAAUGGAGGAUGCAUACGGGGUGAUCGCUCGUCACAAAGUUGAAGGAGCCUCCCAAUUGGCGUUCUACGGUGUGUACGACGGGCACGGCGGCCGGGCCGCCGUGGACUUCGUCGCCGACAGGCUCGGCAAGAACGUCGUCGCCGCCGUCACCGCCGCCGCCGCGGCCGUAUCAACAACGACGCCGAGCCGACAUCACGCUGGCCCAUCCUCGCCGUCGCAGCAGCGUCUACAAGAAGAUAACGAUCUCACGGCGGCGAUCCGAGCUGCGUACCUUACAACGGACAGCGAGUUCCUGAGCCAGGGCGUACGAGGUGGUGCGUGCGCGGCGACGGCGCUGUUGAGGGACGGCGAGCUGUACGUCUCCAACGUCGGCGACUGCCGCGCUGUCCUCGGCAGCCACGGCGGCGUCGCCACCGCCCUCACCUCCGACCAGACCCCCGGCCGCGAGGACGAGCGCCUCCGCAUCGAGAGCUCGGGUGGGUACGUGAGCUGUGGCGGCAGCGGCGUGUGGCGCGUGCAGGACAGCCUCGCCGUGUCGCGCGCGUUCGGCGACGCCGGCGUCAAGCCGUGGGGGGUGACGUGCGAGCCGGAGACGACGCGGCGGAGGCUCACCACCGACUGCCGCUUCCUCGUGCUCGCGUCCGACGGCCUCUGGUGCAAGGUGUCCAACCAGGAGGCGGUCGACGCCGUCGUCUCCGCCGCCGUACUGCCGAGCACGGACCCAUGCAAGGAGCUGGUCGCCAUGGCGAGGAGCAGAGGGAGCCGCGACGACAUCACCGUCAUGGUCAUCGACCUGCAACCAUUCUUGCCGACAGAGCUUUCACGCGUGAAGUAGUAUAGUAGUAUGCAAGAGAUGAAAUUUUGAUGUGAUUUUUUUGUUUUUUAGAAGUUACUUCCAAAUUCAAUUUUGCUUUAAUUUUUUUCUCACUUCGGUUUGCACUUAUAAGUUAUAGCUUGUAUAUGUGUUUGUAGCUUGUAAGUGAUUUUUGAAGUGAGCAAUGUAGAUAUAGAUGCAUAAUUAAGAGAUUAUAUAU